AGACUCCCCCACUACACGCAGGGAGCAAUACGAGAUCACAUGGAGAGUCCUCAUCACCAUCAUAUUAGCCACCAGCCUCUGCCGGCCGUCUGCAGCGCCGAGCCUCUAGCGGCCUUCACGCCUCCUGACGAGCUCUCCUGUGUCACGGGGAGCAGCAGACCGCUUUUGAGGGGAUUCGAGAUGAAUAAGAAGAGCGCGGCGGGGAAAAAGACUAGUGGUAAGCACCACAAGAAGCCGAACGUGGUUAAAGGGCAGUGGACGCUUGAGGAAGACAGGCGGUUGAUAAAAUUAGUGGAGCAGCACGGACUGCGGAAAUGGUCUCAUAUUGCUCAGAUGUUGCCGGCAAGAAUUGGAAAACAAUGUAGAGAAAGGUGGCAUAAUCAUCUGAGGCCCAACAUCAAGAAAGAUACGUGGAGCGAGGAGGAGGACAGGAUCCUGAUUGAAGCCCAUAUGGAAGUAGGGAACAAGUGGGCGGAGAUCGCCAAGCGGCUCCCCGGACGGACGGAGAACUCCAUUAAGAAUCACUGGAACGCCACCAAGCGGCGGCAGUUCGCCCGUCGGCGCAGCCGUAGCACCAAGAACCCAAAAUCAGGAACCCUCCUGCAGGACUACAUCAAGAGCCUGGGCCUCAAACCUCCCCUGCCCAGGCCAGCUGGUACCGGUACUACGACUGCAACGCCGCCGUCAGCGCUGUCGCCAUCGACAGCCAAUUACAACAAGAACAAGAAGAUACCGGAGCGUGCUUUCGACGAGCUGAUUGUGCCGCCACCACAAAGGAGCCUUGCGAUGAGCAUGAUGCCUGCGGAGGCGGAGGCGGAUGUAAAGGGACCCGCACACAGCAGAUAUGCAGGGCGCGCCGAAGAUCAGGACCGCUUGGUUCCGACCUGCGAAGUCGACUUUGCCGACGUGUCGGACCUCCUCUUCGACGAAAAGGAGCUGCUCUGUGAUCAGAAGUGCGCGGACAUGGAGAUGAGGUACGUGUUGGAUCAUCUCGACUGCAACAAGGUUCUGGACAUGGAGAUGGAGAUGGAGAUGGAGAUGGAGAUGGAGAUGGGCAUGGACAUGGACAUGGACAUGGCCGAGAUGGAGAUGGCUUGGAGCGGCGAUCACGACGGUGGUGACAUGGCUGCUCCUCCAGUUCACGAUGUGCUGAUGACGACGAUGAUGAUGGGCGCCGCCGCCGGCGAGGAUCAGAAAGAGGCAGUGGCGGUGAAGAAGGAGAUGGACCUGGUGGAGAUGAUCUCUCACAGCUGCCGCAGCGCCAACCCGGUCAUCAAUUGA